AUGUCAAUUUAGUAAUAAUCGUUAUCCUUAGAUUCUAUAAACCAUGACAUCUAUACCAGAUAUUUUUUAAGAAGUAAAAAGAAAAAGGAUAAUAAAUUUACUGAAGAUGAAUAAUCAAAAGUUAGUUUGUAAAAAUUUAGAUUGAUUAGGAAAAAAAAUGUAUCGAAAAGAAAAAUUUUAAGAGCUGAUUUUAUUUAAAGAGAAGUUGUGUUAAAUGACCAAAUAUUUUUAGGUACAGGAAUUUGCAUAUCAAAAGAAGGAAUUCUAAAAUUCUACUAUAGCAUUAAACAUUUCAGCUUUGGUUUUAACUAUUAUCAAAAUACGUAAAUAAAAUACCUUAAAGAAGAAUAGCUAAUAGAAAUAAACUUAUCAAUUUUAUAAAAAAAAUAGCUAACGCCUAUUGAUGAAGCUAUAAAAUAUGUAUCUAAAAUAAAUUCUCUUUAAAAUAAAGAGUGCAAAAAAGCGUUGAUUUAACUAAGAAGUUAUAAUAAAUAUGUUUAAUCUAUACUUGGGUCAAUUUAAAUAACUAAAUAAUUAAUUAAAGAAAAGGAUGAAGAAAUGGAAAGGUUUGUGGAAUUUUGUAUGAAACAGAUAUCUGAAUAUUCAAAGAAGUCAGAAAAUUAAAUAUUUCAAUUCACUAUAGGAAGGCUCAAUUAUGAGUUGGGAGAUAUUUAAAUUGUUAAAACUGGUUUUUCUCAAUCUUUUUUGAAUUUAAUUGGAAUUGACUUUUCUAAUCUGUGCAAUUUACUAUUAAGAUAAAAAGAAAUAGAUCUUAUGCUGAACAAAGAAGAUAUCAUGAAGUAUUCUAUUGAAGGACUACAUUUGAGGAUAUUGAAAUAGUUAGAAAUGGAGUAUUAAUGCUAUAUUUAAACUUUCGAUGGAUUUCCAAUUAAGGUAAGCAUUAAGAAAAAACAGAUACUUCCUUGCAAUGAAAUAGUAAAAAACUAAACAUGCUUGAUAUAAGAAUAUAUCUUUGAGAUAUCCGAAUUAGAUGUAGAUUUAAAAGAUUUAGAAAAUUUAAUAAAUUAUAGAGAAAAAAUAAUGAAUAAUGAUAAAAUGUCAUUUGAUUAAUUUAUUAAUAAGGAGUUGUCUAUUAUUCUUGAAGAUGUAGAGUAUUCUGUCCACUCAGAGUUAUUUAUGGAAAAAUAUUACAAAGAUAAUCUAAUGUACCUAAAUUCUUUAAAAAAUUAAUACAAAAACAUCAAAGCCAACAUUGAUAAAUCUAAGAUGUGUAAAUUUAAGCAAAUUUAUCCAUCUGACGAGACAAAAAAAUCAGAAAUAAUUAAUUCUAUCUUUUGA